AUGCGGGAGCCCGAGGGCUUGCCCGUGUCGUCGGUUGAGCUCUGGAUAGACAGCCUGAUGAGGGACCCCAAGAACAGACUCGCCCACGCCGCCCUGAGCUCGUCCGACCCCCGCCAGGCUCUCACCACGCGCUCCUCAAAGGUGGCCAACCAGCACGUCUUCAACGUGCGGAUCCCGUUCGAGGGCGACCCCAUCACCAACCAGCGGUCCAGCGGCCGCUGCUGGCUCUUUGCCUCGACAAACGUCUUCCGCGUGGCGCUCAUGAAGCGGCACGGGCUGGCCUCCUUUGAGCUCUCGCAGGCCUACCUCUUCUACUGGGACAAGCUCGAAAAGGCCAACUGGUUCCUGGAGCAGGUGAUCCAGACGGCCGGCGACGACCUCGACGGGCGCGUCGUCCAGCGGCUGCUGAGCGACCUCGUGUCCGACGGCGGGCAGUGGGACAUGGUGUACAACCUCGUCGAAAAGUACGGCCUGGUGCCGCAGAGCCUGUACCCGGACAGCUGGAGCGCCAUGAACUCGAGCGCGCUCAACGGCAUCGUCAAGACGAAGCUGCGCGAGCACGCGCUGCGGCUGCGCGAGCUGUGCCGGCAGAUGCCGGGCGCGCCGCCGUCCUUUAUCGGCGCGUACAAGAUGCGCAUGGUGCAGGAGAUUGCGCUCGUCAUGACGCUGCUGCUGGGCCAGCCGCCGCGGCCGAGCGACGAGUUUGCGUGGCAGUACGUCGACAGGGACGGCAAGGCGCGCGAGGUGAGGACGACGCCGAGGGCGUUUGCGAAGGAUAUCUACAGUGCCGAGUUCCGCGUCACGGCGGAUGCCAUCCAGGGCAUGAUUUCGCUCGUCCACGACCCGCGGCACGAGCCGCUGCGCAAGCUCACCGUCUCGCGGCUGGGCAACGUCGUCGGCGGCAGGGCCGUGACGUAUGUCAAUGUCGAGAUGGAGACGCUCAAGGCGGCGUGCGUCAAGAUGCUCAAGGCGGGCCUGCCCAUCUUCUUCGGCUGCGACGUGGGCAAGUUCAGCGACCGCGCGGCGGGCAUCAUGGACCUGGACCUGUUCGACUACGAGGCCGGGCUCAACACCAGCCUGCGCGGGAUGACCAAGGCGCAGAGGCUCAUGACGGGCGAGAGCCUCAUGACGCAUGCCAUGGUGCUGACGGCGGUGCACCUGGACGAGAGGACGGGGCGGCCGGUCCGGUGGAGGGUGCAGAACAGCUGGGGGACGGCGGCGGGCGAGAACGGGUGGUUCGUGAUGAGUGAUGCCUGGAUGGAUGAGUUUGUGUACCAGGCGGUUGUUGAUCCGAGGUUCGUCGGUAAGGAGGUGAGGGAUGUGUUGAAGCAGGAGCCGAUUGUGCUUCCGCUGUGGGAUCCCAUGGGGUCGUUGGCUUAA